AUGAGUAUUGUAAAUUUAUUUGAAGAAACAACCAAAGUUUCAGUUUCAAAAACAAAUCCGAAAAUAGAAUCUACUAUUGCCCCAGGUAUUCCUCAUAUAAGUUACUUUGCUGAUGUUGGUAAAAAUAUAGAUCAAGGUAUAAUUUGGUAA